AUGGAAGAAUCCGAAGGAACUACCCACAAUGGGACAACACAUCUCACCCAACGAAAAAGGGAACAACCUCAUCAAGCAAUUGUAUGGCGCAAUGUCAUGUUGUUUGGUUACCUUCAUUUGGCUGCUGUUUAUGGUGUAUUAUUAAUGUUUACCUCCGCUAAAAUUGCCACAACUAUUUUUGCAAUAUUGAUGUAUCAAGUAUCUUCAAUUGGCAUUACAGCUGGAGCUCAUAGACUUUGGUCACAUCGGGCGUAUAAAGCCAAAUGGCCAUUGCGUGUGAUAUUAAUUGUAUUCAAUACAAUAGCCUUUCAGAACCAUGUGUAUGAAUGGGCUCGUGACCAUAGACUACACCACAAGUACAGUGAAACAAAUGCAGACCCACAUAAUGCAAACAGAGGAUUUUUUUUUUCACAUGUUGGUUGGUUGUUAUGCCGAAAACAUCCAGAAAUUAUAGAAAAAGGACGUGGUAUUGAUAUGGCUGAUUUACUAGCUGAUCCGAUUGUUUCCUUUCAAAAAAAGUAUUACAAGUUCCUGAUGCCAUUGUUGUGCUUCAUAUUACCUACAAUACUACCGGUGUAUUGUUGGGGCGAAAGCUGGGCAAAUUCUUGGUUUGUGGCCACUAUGUUUCGAUACACUUUCUCACUUAAUGUUACAUGGUUAGUAAAUAGUGCUGCACAUAUGUGGGGUGGAAGACCAUAUGACAGGUUUAUAAAUCCUUCUGAAAACAUAACUGUAGCUUUAUUAGCUUUGGGAGAGGGUUGGCACAACUACCACCAUGUAUUCCCGUGGGAUUACAAGGCGGCAGAAUUGGGUGAUUAUAAACUCAAUAUGACAACUGCAUUCAUUGAUUUCUUUGCUAAAAUUGGAUGGGCAUAUGACCUGAAGACCGUGUCAGCCGAUACUGUCCGUAAACGUGUGGAACGUACUGGCUUAAAUGGCCGUGCAGAUACUCGAGCUUCGUGGGGUUGGGAUGACAAAGAUUUGCCACAAUCAGAACGCGAAGCAGCCACAAUUAUCAACAAGCAAGGAUGA